CACGACUGUGAAUUGAGUCACAAAGCAGCACUGGCGGCAAAUUUUUUUUCCAUUGUUUUUGAACUUUGAAUUAAACAACUCAAUCAGAGAUGUUUCGUCCAACUCGUGUCAUCGAUUCUAAAACUCCAAACAAUCAACUAAACAAAAUGUCAUCAGAAGAAAUAAAUCAAAACAUUCAAGUCUUCGUACGAUGUCGUCCAUUGAAUCUGAACGAAAAAAAGGCCACCAUCGAAAUCGUCCCCGAAAAACGUGUGAUUCGAACAUUCCCGCAGAAUAAAUUGUAUUCUUUUGAUGGUGUUUUCGAUUCCAAAGCUGAACAAUAUAAAGUAUAUCGUUCAGUCGUUGAGCCUUUAGUAGAGCAAGUAAUCGAAGGAUAUAAUUGUACCGUUUUUGCUUAUGGACAAACAGGAACUGGUAAAACAUACACAAUGAUUGGUAAUCAUGUUGUCAACGAAAGCUCUUGGGAAGAUGAUCCACUGAGUGGCAUAAUACCUCGUGCUAUUGAUCAAUUGUUAGACGAACUACAACAACAAAAUACUGAAUACACGAUUGGUGUAUCGUUUCUCGAAUUGUAUAAUGAAGAAGCUUAUGAUUUACUGAGUCCUUUGAGCGAUACAACAAAGCUUCGAAUAUACAAUGAUUCAGAAAGGAAAGGUUCAGUUAUCAUUGCCGGUCUUGUAGAAAUGAUGGUCAAAACCAAAGCAGAGAUAUUCGAAAUAUUGGAAAAAGGUUCUUUAAAACGACAAACGGCUCCUACAUUGAUGAAUGCAUGUUCAAGUCGUAGCCAUAGUAUUUUUUCAAUUACAGUACACAUAAAAGAAGUUACAUACGAUGGUGAAGAAGUCGUUAAAAUUGGAAAAUUAAACUUGGUCGAUUUGGCUGGUAGCGAAAAUAUUGGAAGAUCUGGCGCUGUAGAUGAACGGGCUCGUGAAGCGUCAAAUAUUAACAAAAGUUUAUUGACUUUAGGACGUGUAAUUACGUCAUUGGUAGAAAAAUCAUCGCACAUUCCAUAUAGAGAUUCGAAACUAACGCGAUUACUGCAAGAUUCACUAGGAGGUCGCACAAAAACUUCAAUCAUUGCAACCAUCUCACCUUGUCAUGAUGAUCUGGAUGAUACCAUAUCGACAUUGGAUUAUGCUCAACGAGCCAAGAAGAUCACAAAUAAACCGGAAAUUAAUUUGAAGAUGAGUAAAAAGACUUUAAUUAACGAAUAUCUUGCCGAAAUUGAUCGUCUUCGAAGAGAUUUGGAUGCUACCCGUGACAAGAAAGGAAUUUUUGUCGAUGCAAAAAAUUAUGCUUUUAUGGAGGCCACCAUUGAAUUACAAAAACAAGACCUGGAAGGCAAAGAAGCAAAAAUCGAAAACAUGAAACACGAAUUAGAGAAAAUCAACAAUCUACUGACUGAAGCUAAUGAUGAUAUCAGCCAAAAAUCACAAGAAUUGGCUAACACUAUGGCCGAAUUGAACAAGUUGUCCAGUAUUCUUCAAAUGACCAAAGAAUUGUUUCGUAAAAAACAAAUUGAAGUAGAAGACUUCAAAAUAUUGUUAUCUGCUCAUCAAACUACUGAGGAUAAAUUAUUAAAAAAAGCUCAGAUGGUCAAAAAUGUCGCUGAUCAAUGUUCAGAUGAUAAUCGUAAACUUAUUGAAAAAAUCGACACUUAUUCAUCGUUAGAGGAAAAUAAUUUUGAUUCGGUCCAACAAUUCAAGGAUGCUUACAAGGAGCAGACAAAAAAGAUUGAUCGAUUGAGCUAUGUCGUGUAUUCAAUAAUCGAUGAUGGAUAUAAAUCUAUUGAUUCUAUGAUCAAUGAGAAUAAAAAAGAACUAGAUGCUAAAAAUAAUCAAAUUGGUGCCAAUCUUGACGCUUUAGAUGAUAAAAUUGAAAACUUUGCUUCACGACUGUUGAAAUCCGUUCAAGCUGAUAGUGAUGACUUGAUCACCAAGAAUACUACAUUUGAAUCAAUAAUGAAAGAAUUCAAAGAUUCAAUACGUCAAGAAUUUGAUAUGUUUGAACAAAUUGGCAAAGUAAAUAUAGAAAAAACAAUAAGUUCUUUGGAUGAAUUGCAGAAAUUGAAUUCUAAGAAUCGACAAAUUCAGGAACAAACACUAAUGUCACAAGUGCUUCAAAUUAAAGAAUCAUCAAAAAAUAUUACUCGAAUGAUUGAAUCAAUAAAAAUAGAUUUUCAAAAAGCUCAUGUCUCAAAAUGCCAAGAGUAUGAAAAAAUGUUUAAAGAAUUUUCUGAAUUGAAAACUUUGGUCGAAAAUAUGAACAUUGAAAUCAAAUUGAAAGCAUUUACAGCAUCGUUUGAAGAUCUACUGAAUAGCAUUCGUAAUGAACACGAAGAAAAAAUUUCGAAAAUUACCAAUAAUGUUCAAAGCUUCCAGAAUACACUAAAGACAGUGCUGCAAAAUGAUUCAAAUAGUUUUAACAAUAUUUCGAUGAAAUGUAAUGAAAUGAAACAUUCUAUUAGCAAAGAUGAGAAUGAUACCGUCACUCUUUUGGACAAGAUGGAUAAGAUUAACCUUAAUACAUGUCAGCAGAAUUUGGAUAAAUAUAUCAACAUUAAAAAAUGUCAAGAACAAUUCAAAUCAAAGUUUGAUGAAUUCAAAGUUGAAUUAUUUACAAAUUUUGAUCAUACAUCAGCUAAAAUUCAAGAACAAACUCAAUCAAUUAAUGAAACGAUCAACAAAAAUGCUGAAGAACAACGUAUUCAUAUUGAUGAUUUCAAUAGUAAAUCACGUGAAAUGGUGGAAUUAAAUAGAUCAUCGUUAGAAGAUUUGUCUAAAUUAGUUUCUAAUCAAUCUGCAAAAACAUUGAAUAACUAUAUGGAUGCUAAAAAUUUGAUUCGUACGUUAAAAACAUCACACGAUUUGGAAAUGAACGAAUUACAUACAACAACGGACAAAUUGGUUAAUAAUUAUUCGACAUAUCAAUCCACAGGAAAGACACCGAAACGUUGUCAAUAUUUUUAUCCACAAACAUUUACGCCAACCUCACCACAUGAGCGGAUAUUAUCUAGAUUUCACAAGUCUGAACAAACACCAUUAGACUUUUCUGAAAAUGAUUUGGUUAUGAAUAAUGGAAAUGAAAACACAAAAAUGGUUGAUUCAACAUAUUGUAUUUCAGAAAAUUCGUUCGUUAUGAAAAAUGAUGUCCAUAAUAUUGUAGAUCAAACAUAUUCAAUUGAAUUAUUGAAAGACCGAAAAAAUCACACAUGAAAUGGCGUUAUUAUAAUGGAGACACAUUACCAUAUGGUUUUCUAGUUCGAUCAUUUUUAAAGAAAAACACUUAACAUGUGGUUUUUAAUUUAAAUAAAUUUCAUUAAACUGACAA